UUUUUUUUUUUUCUGGGGUUUGUUCAUAUGAAAAUUAGUUUUUUUUUGGGUGUUUUUCCCGCUAAAUCUACAUGGGUUUUGGUUUGUAAUUGCCAAAAUCUCUGCUUUUAGUCACUUUUGUUGAUGGGUCUAUGUGUUCCUUUGGCUUUCUUUACUUUUUUUUUUUUUCGUUUCUCUCUUUUGAUUUAUGCUUUAAUCACUGUACAGUUGAUUUAUGUGUUCGUCUUGUUUCGAACUGUUAGGGUUGUUAAUAUCUCUCUCUAUCUCACUCUCUGAUUGAUGUCUUGUGUUUGUUUCUAGGGUUUCUGUUUUGAGAUUUUUGAUUAUUUGUUAUAUGUUUCUGUUUUUGUAGGAAGUUUUCUAAUUGUUGCCAUUAGAAAAGAUGGGAAAGACUCCAAGUCCUGGUAAAUGGAUCAAGUCUCUUCUUGGGAAGAAGUCAUCCAAAUCGAGUUUGGAGAAAGGAGGUGAAAAAUUGAGAUCUGCGAAGAAAGAAGAGGUUGUAGUGAGGGUGAAGGAUAAUAAUGUCUCAAAGUUACCUACCGAACCCCCUGUAAUUUCAUCAGAAGAAGUUGCAGAUACUCAAACUGUAGUAGUUCUUGAUGUUGUAAUCCCUGAGAAGCAGCCAAGUGGAGACAUUGAAGGCAAUGAGGCAUCGAAUGUGAAUCUUGAGUCAGGGAAUGACUCUGAAGAAGUGAAGCUUGAAGAAGCUGCGACAAAGGUUCAAGCUGCUGUUAGAGCUCAUCAGGCCCGUGAAGAGUUUGAGAACCUCAAAGGUAUCAUAAGGGUGCAAGCAGUUAUCCGUGGUCACUUAGUUAGAAGGCAAGCUGUUGCUACUUACUCGUGCAUUUGGGGAAUUGUGAAGUUGCAAGCGCUUGUUCGCGGGAAGAAAGCUAGAUCUUCAGAAACUGGAGCUGAACUUCAGAAAACAAAUACGGAAACCGAGAAUUCUGAAACUUUGCAAGGAACCACAUACAGUUGGAUGGAGACUCCCACAAAGCUCUCCAUGAUUGAUAAGAUUUUGGUUUCAUCACCAACGACAUUGCCUCUGAAGAUCCAGUAUAAUCCUGAGGAUCCUAACUCAGCCAAGGUGUGGCUUGAACGCUGGACACAUUUGCAGGUUUGGGCUCCUGGUCCACUGGUGGUUAAAAAUCUGAUACCAAAAUCUCAGACAAAGAAGCGAAGUUUUCAAGCAGUUGAAACGGAAAAGGGAAAACUUAAGAGAGGUGUGAGGAAACCAUCCGGUGCUCUAGUUACUGGAAAUAGCUCCAAUAACCGUUCUACAGCUGAAAACGAAAAGCCUAAGCGAACUGUGAGGAAGGCUUCCACACUUGGUAAAGAACUUACGAGAAUCGAGAAUGAUAAGUCUAAGCAGAGUUCAAGAAAAAGUACUAGCGCCAUAAAGGAAGGGUCUUCAGUGGAGGUUAAAGAUGAGAAGCCUAGAAUUAGUCUAAAAAAGGCUUCUCAUUCGAACGGGAUAGAGAAAGCUACCCGCAAAUCUGCUGAGAAGAAGAAAGAGGUCGCAGAUUCAGUGCAGAAAGAAUUGUCUGUUUAUAAGGUUUCAGCUUCUGUAGUUGGUGCUCCCGGAGAUGAAAAGAUAAAUAAUCUUGUCCCUGAAACAGUAUCGAAAGAGUCUGAUCUCGAUAAAGAAGACAAAUCACCGGUUCUGGAUAACCCGGAGCAAGAAGAACUCAAGACUGCUGAGAGAGAUGAUAAAGCUGAAGGGGAAAUCCAAGAGCCAGACGUGCAGAUAAGCUCUGAGAAUGGAAAUGUUGCUUCUGAGAACGGGAAUGUUGCUUCUGAGAACGGAAAUGUUGCUUCUGAGAACAUAAAGCCAAGCGAUAGACGAGCUUCGUUGCCUGCAAAGAUUGAGAAUCAUCAUCAUGACGAUGGGCUUACACAGAGUGGGCGAAAAAUUCCAAGCUAUAUGGCUCCAACUGCAUCUGCAAAGGCAAGAAUAAGAGGACAAGGUUCUCCGAGAAUUGCUCAAGAGAAGCCUGAGAAAAACGGGACAACACGGCGCCACUCUCUUCCUCCCGCAGCCAAUGGUAAGCUGAAUACAAUGUCUCCACGAGCUCACAGACUCCUCAUAGCCUCAGCUAAAGGAUCAAUGAACAGUGACAGAUCGUUUUCGUCUUCCAAGGACAUCGGUGACAAGUCGACGAAAGCUGAGUGGAAACGGUGAAAGCUCUGAAACCUUUUGAGACAAAAGAGAAAUCAAUCCACAGAGGCAUCCUCAUCAUCUUACAUUGUUGAACAGAGCUCUGAAACCUUUUUAAUCACUUUAACUGUUUCUUUAUUAUGAUUGUGUGUUUUGGUUUCGUUUUGGUUUUGGUUUGGUGUGUUUUGACAUGUUGUCUUCAGUUUACUUUCAGAUGCUUUGUCUUCACAAACAAAAUAGGGUUUGAGUAAAUAGUUUCUUUAAGAA